AUGGUAGGAUGUCAUAGAAGUCAUGACAUAUUUAAGAGUUCUAUAACUCUAAUAGAAGGCAAGUUAUACUGGGCAUUAUGUAGUAUAAAUAUUCCAAGUCCUAUAUUUGAUAAGAGAAGUAAUAAUUAUUGCUUUAGUAUUGAUAACGAGCUAGUAUAUGAGCCUUUUUUCCAAGAUUUUGGACCUUUGAAUCUUAAAUGUAUAUAUCUUUACUGCCGAAAAGUUCAAGAUUUGUUAGAUAAUGCAGAACAAGAUGGAAGUUGUGUAAUUCACUGCACAAAUGGUUAUGAUAUGAAAAAAAGAACAAACUCGGCAUUUUUAGCAUGUUGUUAUUUAAUGAUUAAACGUGGCAAAAGUCCUAAUAGUGCUCUUUCUAUCUUUCACUCAGUUCCAUUGCUUUCUUUUAGAGAUGCAACAUAUGGAGCAUGCACUUACCCUCUUACAAUAGGUAAUUGCCUAACAGGUCUACAUUAUGCUAUGUUACUGAAGUGGUUUGAUUUUGAUUGUUUCAAAGUUGAUAAAUAUUUUGCUUAUGAGAAGGUAGAUGAUGGUGACAUAUCUUGGAUUAUCCCUCACAAGUUUAUAGCAUUUAGUGGUCCUUCUGCUACGACAGUAGACAAUGAUGGCUAUUCAUCUUUAACUCCAGAAUUCUAUAUUCCGAUAUUUAGGGAGCUAGGAGUUACAUUAGUUAUUAGAUUAAAUAAGAAACAGUAUGAUAGCAGUAGAUUUUCCAAAUAUGGUAUUAGGCAUGAAGACCUGUUUUUUAUGGAUGGUUCAUGUCCAUCUAAAAAUAUAAUUAAUAGAUUUCUUGAACUUACUGAAAAUGAAAAAGGAAUUAUUGCAGUACACUGUAAAGCAGGACUUGGUCGUACUGGAACUUUACUAGGCUGUUAUGCCAUGAAAAAUUUCCACUUUACUGCAGCAGCUUGGAUAGGAUGGAAUAGAAUAGCUCGUCCAGGAAGUAUUUUAGGACCUCAACAGCAGUUCUUACAUGAAAUAGAAAUGGAGUUAUUUAGUAGAGGUUCAAUCUACCCCAUAACACAAAUACUGGAUUACUAUGUCCCAGAAAUUGCAAAAAAAGUAGAGAACGCAGUAUUACAUUAUAGAGAUUCUGCUACCACGGAAGAUAUAAACACUUCGAUCAUUCGAAAUUUACCUCUGAAUACCUCUAAUCCCUACAUAAAUGACCUAAAUAUUAAACAUAUAGAUAACUUUUCAAGUAAACAGGAUAUAGCUCACUUAAUGGCUUCAUUAUCAGUUUCUGAUAGAAACAAAGCUAUAAGAGGGGAUAUUGGUCAAGGUGAAAGAUUAGUCCAAACAAAGAAAAGUGCUCCAGUGAAUAAAUAUAGUAUUUUGAAGAUAAAUUAA